AUGGCGGAAAAGAAGAGCUUGGAGAGGGCUGCGAAGCUGCAAAAGCUUCAAGACUUCAGACAGUCCGUUCCACAGUGUAGCAAAGCCGCUUUGGAUGCUAUCCUAUCCCGUGUGGAACAAGAUGGUGUUCCUGAGUUACACAACGACAAGCAGAUGAGAGAGGCAGAUUGGCGAAAGCUGAGCACAGCUUCCCAAUAUGGGCCACUGUUCUUGGAUAGAGACAUCGUGCUCAACGAUGGCAAGAUGGCCAAAAUCAAGAUAGUGAACUACCUUUCUUUGUUGGAUGCUUGCUACAAAGAGCAUGGCAUUUUUCAUGGCCUGGUCAGACAAGCUGUGCUGAAACAGGAAAGCAGUGUGGAUGCCCCGUGGCAGUUGCUGGUGUAUUCUGAUGAAUGCUGGCCUGGCAACCCUUUGUCGGCGAAGGCAGAGAAGAAAAUUUGGACAGUGUACAUCAACAUCAAGCAGCUUGGUCAGAGGGCUUGGGCUAUGGAGGACAUGUGGCUGCCGGUUUUGGUGUGCAGGAGUGUUUUUGUGAGCUCAGUUGCAGGGCACAUGGGCCAACUGCUGAGAGAGGUGCUCCUUAGCAUCUUCCAGAAUCCCUUCUGCAAGCCCAGAGAUCUUGGCUGCAAGCUUUCUGCUGGCGAAGCAGAUUCUGUCCGGAUCUACCUGGAGGUUGGAGCGCUCAUCCAAGACGGGCAAGCUCAGAAGUAUGCCUACGGCAUCAAAGGGGACAGUGGCCUGGUUUAUUGCCUGAAGUGUAGACCAAAAGUGACGGAGCCGACAUCCAAGCAGGAACUACGAGUUCACAACGAUGCUGAAGUUUGGGCAUCUUUCGACAGAAUGGCAGCACGGGCGACUCUCCCCACUAAGGACUUCGAAGCCUGGCAAACAGCGACGGGGUGGUCGUACUCGGCCUAUGGCCUUCUUGCUUGCAUGGCUUUGAGAGCACUGCUGAAGCCCGUGUCUUCUUACAUGCACGACUACAUGCAUGGAGUGCUUCAGGGGUGUAUGCCAGUUGCGAUGUACGUGGUACUGGAAGCUUUGAGGGCCGCCGGCUUGAAAAGCUGGCAAGGGAUGCAUGACUGGUGUAGUCUUUGGUUUCUUCCGAAAGCCCACAAGUUUGCCAUGCACAAGCUUUUCGAAGCCAAGCGUAUCGAUGCUCACCGUAAAGCAGAAAGGAUUAAG